GUACGAGGGUCGUCAGAUAGGAGGCUAGAAUACUGAUCACACACUAGCGGGCACCUGAAGGUUUUACACGUGCGCCAGAUCUGUUUCCAAAAAAUGGGUGUUGGGCGUCAACUGUGACUCCCAAACUCCACAGAUUCACACCAUUGCGGCCAUAUUGCUGGGUAUCCUGUUCAAUUAUUCACCGCAAAGGCCGACCAUUGUUUUCAUUGAAAGGAGACGGUUCAGGGUCUGAUAAAAAAUUAAUGUCAAUCUUGGCGCGGGGUAAUUAGAAGUGAUGGUAUGACACAAGCCCGUAUCAUCGACAUCAAAGAUGGUGGAUUGUUGCCAUGGCAACAACCAAACGAGAACCAUGAGUCUCAGUCACAUCUCGAUGACGUCAUACCAAAGAACUUUGACAAACUGCAUCGAACCGGUUUUCCCGAAAUUGAUACGGUCGCCGCUGCAAAUGGUUAUCUCGUGUGCCAAAGGUCAACAAGUGCAAUUAUUGAGGAAGAGGGCGAGGAAGAGGUGUUACCAGACAACCGCUGUCCAAAACAUGAGACGCUUCAAGCUGUGCAGAAGACUCCUAAAUGCAUGUGCAAUUACGGAAAGUCUGCCUCAGGAGACCAGCUCAAAAUGUAUUCGUUGUCCAACAGGAAGUGUUUCUGUAGUCCUAUUGACGAAGGAGAGGAAGGUAGCAUGUGCGCAUGGGGAGGUGCAAAGAACAAGGUUCGAACACAGAACAGUGGUGUGUCUGUGUCCAAAAGGAAGCCGUACAUUUCAGUGUUUCAGCGACUCUGUGCCGAUCACAAGUACAAACCAUACCACUUCCAACAUACGACUGACACCAGCGACCACAUGGCGCAGUACCGGAAGUGCCAUACUGUAGCGGAUGUCGGGAAAGAGGCUCGGCCGCCGCCCAGGUUUGGAGUUGACGUGCCAGAUCCGUACGCCAUCAGGAUUAAAAAUAUAUGCUCUAUUGUCAACUCAUGUGAUUUCACUUCUCUGCUCCCUGGUGACUCGGACGCAAGCUGUUCCGACUUCGGCAGCACGAUGUCCGCCGAGUCCGGGGUAAAGGAGAAGGAGAGGGGCCACGACAAGACGCCCCAGGGGGACAAUCCAAAACGAAAGAAGGGGGACAAACCGCACUUAACCAACACCCGCAGCGUUCCAUCCCUGACUCCCGUUCGAAACAAGAAGAGUGACUCCACAGAUCACCACAACCGCCGAGCAGACGACACAGCAGAAGAUUACAUAAAGGAAUACGAACGGCUGAGAAGGGAACGAGAGCUGCAGAAGUCCAACACACUGCCUCAGAUUCUGCUCCGAAAUGACGCAGAAGUAACAGUCAAACCUGGAUCCAGACCAAACUCUGACUUCUCAUCAGCUACCCAGCGGUUACUCGACCAGUUACAGUCUCCCUUUAAACGAUUUCUCCAAUAUAAGCAUAUCAAAGGAGGACAUGUGGAGUUCCUCAGAGAAACAGAUCAUCAAAAGUCCACCAGUGUUAAACUGUCAGAGUUCCUGUCAACGGCUCUCCUUGGAGACGGAUGUCUAAGAACAGGCUUCAGGACUUCCAAGGUAUCGAAGCCGAAGGUCAAGGACAAAAAGGGAGAUAAUAAAUAUACACCGGAUGUACAUCUUCCAGAGCUUGUUGGACGGACGUGUGAUACAAUCAAGGAUUCUAAGAGAGGUCAGGGGCCUAGUGAGUCUCAGGCUUGUGGUAAUGUUUUAUCAGUGUCCUUUGAUGAUAUUGAAGUGCCAAAGAGCAAAUCCUUACAUAAAUCAACUAAUCCCAGUGCAAGAGAUCAGCUUCCAAUAGAAUACAAGAUAAAGAAAAGACAGAUGCAGAAAGUAGUAGACCUAAUGUCCAUAGCAAGGUAGACCCAAGGUUGCAGGAUCUGUCAUAAGUCAGUGUUUGUCAUCAGUUGAAAUAAACCAUUUGUCAGUC